AUGAACUGCAAAAUGCUUCUUUUAACAUCAUCGAUGAGGAGAGUCUCGAAUUCAAUCCCUGUUCGUCAAGCCUUGCGAUCGCGUCUUUUAUCUUCUCAAUCGUGGUUGCAGUCUCAAGAACAUUGUUGGGAUAAUCAGAACAGAUCUAAUUUUGAGACGGGUUUAAGAUCAGAUUCGUUGACAACCAUCCUUGUUGUUUUAUCGGGCAUGGGUCUUUAUCAAUAUUCAAAUUCAGAUUCAUCAAUCUGUUUUGCUGAUUCAGAUGGAGAGGCAGCUCCUGUUGCGAAAAAGAAAUCAGGGUUCCUCAUUUUUGGAGAUGAUUAUAGAAGGAAGGUUUUCUUCAAGUAUGAGAAACGUAUCAGAACCAUGAGCCCUCCGGAGAAGGUUUUCGAGUACUUUGCAUCGAUUAAGAGUCCCGGAAAAGAGGUUAUGAUGAACGGAGCAGAUCUAAUGCGGGCAAUAAUUCCAGUAUUCCCACCAUGGGAAUCGGAUUGCAUUAGAGUUGGAAGUCUUAAAGGAGAGGCUGUUGGAAGCACACUUCAUUGUGCUCCUUCCGAGUUCUUCAUGCUAUUCGACACCAAUAACGACGGUCUCAUCUCAUUCCCCGAGUACAUAUUUUUCGUCACCUUACUCAGCAUUCCCGAAUCAUGUUUCUCGGUGGCAUUCAAAAUGUUUGACCUCGACAAUAACGGGGAGAUAGACAGGGAAGAGUUCAAGAAAGUGAUGAGUUUCAUGAGAACUCACAACAGGCAAGGCGGGAAGCAUAGAGACGGGCUUCGAAUUGGGCUGAAUGUCUCCAGCGCGGUUGAAAAUGGCGGUUUGCUUGAGAAUUUCUUCGGCAAAGAUGGAAACACCUGCCUUAAACAUGACAAAUUUGUCGAGUUCUUGAGAGAUUUGCAUGAAGAAAUUUUGAGAUUGGAGUUUGCCCAUUAUGACUUCAAAUCUAGAGGAACCAUAUCGGCUAUAGAUUUUGCCUUCUCGAUGGUUGCAUCCGCAGAUAUUGGCGAUAUAGAUAUGUUUGUCGCAAGAGUAAGGGAACUACACGACGAUCCAAGGCUGGCAAGCGUUAGGUUUACUUUCGAGGAGUUCAAAAGCUUGGCCGAGCUUCGAAAAAAAUUGCAGCAGCUAUCUCUUGCUAUUUUUGCUCAUGGAAAGCUAAAUGGGCUCUUGACCAAACAAGACUUUCAAAGAGCUGCAUUCCAAGUUUGCGAGAUUACUCUAUCGGAGAACGUGGUUGAUAUGAUAUAUUUUGUUUUCGAUGUAAACAAAGACGGGAAUUUGAGCUCAGAAGAAUUUGUAAGAGUGUUACAAAAGAGAGAAAGGGAUGGAUCACUCCCAUGGGAGACAUGAAAUCUUCUAUAUGGACUCAAAUCGUUACAUUAAUUACUUUAGUACAAAUAGUAUGAGUUUUAAUGAUAUGGCUAUAAGAAACAUAAACA